CAGCGAAUUAUGGAACAAACCAGGAUAUGGUAUAAAGCGAGACAUCCCAAUGUAGCCAAGGUUCACGGAUGGAUGUUGCAGGUAGAUGAUAGUGGGAGUUUACAAGCUUGUUUGAUUUCAACAUGGUAUCCCAACGGGGAUAUCACAUCCUACUUGUUGCAGCAUCCUGAGGCAGAUCGAGAGGACCUGAUAUGCAAUAUAUGUUGGGGCCUAAAGCAUCUUCACGCAAAUGACACAGUCCAUGGAGACCUCAAACCGACAAACGUCAUGAUGGGAAACCGUGGAAUUGCCAUUCUGUGCGAUUUCGGAUUGUCGUCGUUUCUCCAUGGUGCUUCCAGUUCCGCGUUCACAGGGGCCCUGCAUGGGCUUCGCAGUGUACGAUAUACAGCUCCACAGCUUCUGGAGGAUAAUAGCGUUAACCCCUGCAGUAAGGAAGCUGACAUCUGGGCGUUCGGUUGUGUUUCUAUUGAGGUAGGUGCCAUCGAUUCCCAUUUGACCCCACAUUUGCAAAUUCUAUUCUUCCAGAUCCUAUCUGGACAACGGCCAUACAAUAAAAUCGACGAUGAGAAUGACUUGUGCAACAAAAUUCUUGAUGGUGAACCUGCAUAUACCCCGGACGUUUUUCAGAGAGUCAAAGUCAAAGAUAUCAUCAAAGAUUGCCUGAAGGUUCCCGCACUGAAAAGACCCCAUGUGAAGGCAUUAAUUAAUGUCCUUGCACCUUAG